CAACAGGAGAUGAUCCUGGUGGUAGAGAUGACGAUACAUCAAAUGCUGAACGAGAUCACACUCAGGGGGAGCAGGAAGAGUAUCAAACUGAAAGAUCAAGGUGGCCACAAAACCUUAAGGUGUACUCACGGAGACAGAGAGCUGAGGAUGAUCAAGUGCAAGGGGAGGAAGAAAUCUCUUUGAGUCAGAAUCCUGACGCUCAAAUACAGCCAGAUUUACAUGACUCAAGUUCAAGUCCCUCUACAAGUGAUGGAAGCGAAGAGGUGCCCCACAUGGAGAGAUGCCAUGCUAGAAGAAAUGGCAGCACUUGACAAGAAUAACACAUGGGUGAUGAUGAUGAAGAAAUAUCGAGGUUAAAGAAGGCAUUGGCAUGUUCAUUUGAAGUCAAAGACCUGGGAUACCUUCACUACUUUCUUGGGAUUGAGGUUGUUUAUGGUGCACAAGGUAUUUAUCUCUCUCAAAGGAAGUAUGUACUUGAUUUACUUGCUGAGACUGAAAUGUUAGAGUGUAGACCAGCACCCACACCUGUUGAGCAAAAUCUUCGAAUAUUAGCGGAUUCUGGUGAGUCAGUGGACAAAGGUAGAUAUCAAAGAUUAGUGGGGCGCUUAAUUUAUUUAUCACAUACUAGACCAGACAUUGCAUAUGCGGUUAGUAUUGUGAGCAGAUACAUGCAUGACCCUAGAACCAGCCACUUGGAUGCUGUAUACAGAAUUUUAAGGUAUCUAAAAGGGUGCCCGGGUAAAGGAAUUUUAUUUUCUAAUUAUGGGCAUCUUAAAAUAGAAGGAUAUACUGAUGCUGAUUGGGCUGGAUGUCUAGACGAUAGAAAGUCAACCGCUGGCUAUUGCAUGUUUUUGGGUGGAAAUUUAGUUAGCUGGCGGAGUAAAAAGCAGAGUGUAGUUGCACGUUCAACAGCUGAAGCUGAGUUUAGAUCUAUGGCAUCAGGUUUAUGUGAACUGAUGUGGUUGAGGAUACUAUUGUCAGAGCUUGGACUGCUUGUUAACGUACCCAUUUGCUUGUACUGUGAUAACCAAGCUGCUAUUAACAUAGGAUAUGUUUGGUUCAUGCCCCGUCUUGCCCUACCAAUUCGCGGGCGUGACCAAAUUUUUGGCGAACGAAUCGGCCGCCCUCGUCUCGCCCAGGAUUUGGCUGAAAAAUGA